AUGCACCUUUCAACACCAGACGAAAUGGCCAUGGCUAUGGCCACGACCACGAAAACUCGUCGACCGCUCAAAUUCUUGUUGCAUUGUUUCUCCGCCACCGGCCAUGUUUUGCCAAUGCAGGCCGUCGCCAAGGAGCUGGUUGAACGUGGCCAUGAAGUCGUUUGGACUACCAUAGCACCCCAGGAGCAACGAGUCCUUGCAUCGGGGGCAAGAUUCAUUACCGCGGAGGAAGUAGUGAAAGUAGAUGCCAACCUAGAGGGCGCCAAUCCGAAAGACAUGGCCGAGACGGCAGAAGUCAUGUUCCGAGGGCGCGUUACGGCACAAGUCGCUGAUAUCCGUCGUGUCCUCAAGACGUUCAAGCCGGACUUUGUUCUCACUGACGCUCUGCCUCAGGGUGUCGCAGCGCUCUACGAGCUGGGCGAGAUUCCUCAUUACGCAACUCUGGGGGUUGUCCCGUUGUAUCUGCCCGACAUAGGGCCCGAGCCCAUCGAGCAUGCUGCUCAAUCUGCUCUAGGAAUGCUCAUCAGUCAACCACAACUAGUCCUGCCCUCGAUCAACCCAGAGAGAGAGGAGCUCGGGCUGCCCGCCCUCAAAGUCACAGACACGUACUCUUACAGUCCUUUCCUGCACAUCCAGGCUUCGUGUCCUUCCCUGGAAUUCCAGAAGGGCCCCGAGCCUAUUCUUCCUCAGGCGCAGUAUGUCGGACCUCUGGUUACACGUCUUGGAGGUGCAAGUGUUGGUGUGCCAACGUGGUGGCAAGAUGUCCUCGACGCCAAAUCCAUUAUUGGAAUCACACAGGGCACGUUUGCCAUGGACCCGACGUCACUUAUCAUUCCCGCCAUCAAAGCGCUUCAGGACGACAAGAGUCACUUGCUGGUUGUGCCAUCAAAACUCGCCGACGAGAUCCGCGAUAAGGUCAAGAUCGAGGAUAACGUCCGUAUCGCGGAUUGGGUUCCCUAUGACCUCCUCCUUCCACGCUGCCGUCUGCUCGUGACGAAUGGUGGAUACGGCAGUGUUACGCAAGCUCUUUCACACGGCGUUCCUCUCGUCUGCGCCGGAACUUCGGAGGACAAGAAGGACACAGCUGCGCGAGUGACUUGGGUUGGUGCGGGUAUUGAUUUGAAGACCGAUACUCCCUCAGUAGACCAGGUUCGCGAUGCAGUGCACAAGGUGCUCAAUGAGACAAGUUACAAGAAGAAUGCGACGAGAAUUAGAGAGGAGCUCAAUGCACAGGGUGGUGCCAAAAGAGCGUGCGAUUUGUUGGAAGAGGCGGCGGUAGAGCUAAGCGCCCCGACGGGGGAAACAUAG